AUGGAAUCUAAUGUGCGUUUGCCCUCAAUCUCACAUAUAUUGACGCAGACACCCAUUGAGAAUGAUGCGACAGCAGCUGCAACUGUUGCCGAGGCUGCUGUGCAGCCUCGGCACCAAUAUUCCCAUCACCGGGCUCAGUAUGAGAAUUCACACCGGCAUAUGAACCAAUACACAGGGUAUGUCCCUGCAAUCGGAUAUGCAGGCACCCCUAGUGGCGUGUCACAACCACAGCCACAGCCACAAUCACUACAACAGCCAACACAAUAUCGGCAUCAGUACCUGCAGCAGCAGCAUCAGCAGCAGCAGCAGCAGCAGGCUCUACAACAGGACGGACACCAACAGCAACACCACCAUCACCACCAUGCGCAUGCGUUUCAUCAUUUGUUCCGUCACGGAGCGUCUGCGAUUCACCCGUACUCGCCGGGCCAGCGCGUGCCAGUAGAGUAUACGUUGAACCCCAGUGGCCAAUUCCACAACGAUUAUGUAGCGACGCCCCUGACGCAUUCGGGAGCGUCUUCCUCGACACCGAUGUCACCACUCACACCAAAACCCCCGGAGAGUCUUCCUCCUGUAAGUACGGUUGGUGCUUCCGGCUCAUCGUUACCGUUUCCACUUGCUAUGGGAACCAUGGCCGGAAAUAAAGCUGGAAGAAAGGAAGGUGCUGCUCACAUAAUCAAUCAUGGCUCUGCUGUGGGGGGACUUGCAGGAAGAGAUAUUGUUGCCCACACUCUAGACAACAACAAUGAUAGCAGCAGCAGCAGCAGCAGCAGCAGCAGCAGCAGCAACGAGAAUGAAAAUGAGAACAACAACAGCAACAACAACAACCAUAAUAAUAGUAGCAACAGUAGUGCAGGGAGCACUAGAGCUGUCUGUGCUGCAGGUCGCACGACAGGUGUUGCGGGUACAGAGCUAAAUUCCGGUGAAGAUCAUCACUGCGGCGCAGAAACCGCCGAAUGCACCUGCUCACACCAUUACAAGCAUCAGAAGAAGACACAGAGGCAGUACCACAUCCCUCGCCCUCGUAACGCAUUCAUUCUCUUCCGUCAACAUUGGCACCAGCAGCUGUUCCCACAAGAACGUAUCAAGCAGUCUGAAAGAGGAAACGGCUCCUUCAAAACAAAUUCACAGGUCUCUGUGGAUAUUGGCCAGCGUUGGCGCUCCUUAUCUUCAGAGGAAAGACAGCAGUGGCUAGAUCUUGCCAAAAAGGAGAAGGAGGAGCACACAAAGAAAUAUCCUAAUUAUAAGUAUGUUCCCACAAGAAAGGAAAAGAAAAUGAUCAUCACUGGUGUAAGCAACAGACACGUAACCCAUGCUGUUAAGAGUUCAUGUCAGGUUUGUUCAAGUAAGUGA